AAUAUUUGCGAUCAGUCUCACGGGAAACUUCGAUCGGUCCAAUAUUUGCGCGAACGCCUUUAAAAUUGUGAAUAUCAUAGAACAUCAUUAGAAACACAGGAGCCCUGGAAAAAACAUAAACCUACAAAAUUAUGGAAGUGCAAGUAGGAUGGCCAAAGUUGGUCAAGAUGGGCGCCCAGUUGGUGGGCCACAAAUUUCAACAGUUCCGCCUGUCCACAGGUCACACCGUGGUAUUGGACACCAAAUACGGACAGGUUCGCGGACUACAAAGGAAGACGGUGUAUGAUAAGGAACUGUACUUCGCAUUCGAGGGCAUACCAUAUGCCAAACCGCCGGUGGGUGACCUCAGAUUCAGGGCUCCUCAGCCUCCGGAACCCUGGCAAGGAGUGCUCAAUUGUACAACCAGUCGAUCGAAGCCCCUGCAGAGGAACAUGCUUUUGGGGAUCGUGGAAGGCAGCGAGGAUUGUCUGCACUUAAAUGUUUAUGUGAAAACCCUGAAGUCAGAGAAACCGCUACCUGUGAUCGUGUGGAUCUAUGGGGGGUUCCAGAAGGGCGAAGCCUCCAGGGAUAUUUACAGCCCUGAUUACUUCAUGAAGCAGCCGGUGGUGUUAGUCGCCAUUAACUACAGGUUGGCAGCACUGGGUUUUCUUAGCCUCAAGGAUCCCAAGCUGGAUGUUCCCGGAAAUGCGGGCCUAAAGGACCAAGUGAUGGCACUCCGAUGGAUCAGCCAAAACAUCGCCCACUUCAACGGCGACCCCAACAAUAUUACUUUGAUGGGAGAAAGUGCAGGAUCGGCUUCCGUUCACGUAAUGAUGACCACGGAGCAAACACGUGGUCUCUUCCACAAGGCUAUCCUGCAAUCGGGAUGUGCGCUGAGUGAAUGGGUGGAAAGUCCGGAUCACAAUUGGGCCUUUCGGCUGGCUCAGAACUUGGGCUAUAGGGGCACGGAUAAGGAGGCGGAUGUAUUACGAUUUCUCAUCAAAACUUCCGCUCGUCAGAUAGCGGCCGUUGACCAGGACGUCAUCACCAAGGAUGAAAUUCGGAACUUCCUGCUUUUCGCCUUUGGACCGGUGGUGGAACCCUAUGAGACCGAUCACUGUGUGGUGCCCAGGAGGCAUAAGGAGCUGUUAUCCGAGGCCUGGGGCAACGAUAUACCAGUUAUUAUGGGCGGAAAUUCCUUUGAGGGACUGUUUUCUUACCAAGUACUGAAAAAUGAUCCUUGGGGCCUGAAAAAUUUUCACAACAUCCUGCCACGGGAGGUGAGAGAAGCCAGUUGUCUGGAGGAGCAGGAUCUACUGGUUCGACGUCUGAAAAAGCUGUACUUCAACAACGAGAUGCAGGAAUCGAUGGAGAUGUUUCAGGCCUUAAAUAUAUUUUCCCAUCGCCAAAUUUGGCACGACAUGCAUCGCUUGGUUCUCGCCCGUCAGAAGUACGCUCCCGAAUCGCCCACCUAUCUGUACCGUUUCGAUUUCGACUCCCCGCACUUUAACCAAUUCCGGCGACUGGUUUGCGGCGAUCAUAUACGCGGAGUGGCCCAUGCCGAUGAACUAUCGUAUCUCUUCUACAACAUCAUAGCCUCGAAGCAGGAGAAAACGUCGAUGGAGUACCAGACCAUAGAGCGGAUGGUGGGCAUGUGGACAUCGUUUGCCUCGAGUGGGAAUCCUAACUGUCCGGAACUGGGAACUGCAAAGUGGGAGCCCGUAAUUCUGAAAGAAACCGGUGUAGAAAAGUGCUUUAACAUAAGCAAUGAAGUGGAUAUGAGAGAAUUGCCGGAGGCGAAGUCCCUGGCAGUGUGGGAUUCUUUCUAUCCAAAAGAUGGCCUCUUCUAAUCCUUAUACCAAAUCUCUGUAAACAUGUGUGUAUUGUAUACAGUGCAAUUAUAUUUAUGUAGAUUUUUACGUUGUUAGUAUCCUUUUUAUUAUUUUAAAAACAUCAAAAAAAUACAAACUUUCUUUGAAUA